GGGCCUGGGACGAGGAUCUGGACAGAGGCGCUUAUAAAGGCGUAGAACUAGAACCGAGGCCCCAGGAGGCGUUGAUGAUGGCAUGUGGCGGGGUAGCGGUGACCCAGGGAACGACUCGGGAGGGUAUGAGCACGACUUCGCGGACUCUGUCUCCGACAAGUACAUGUGCGUCAUCUGCGAAAAGGUCCUGAGGGAUGCCCGCCUCACUGCCUGCUGUGGCCAGCAUUUCUGCGACUCUUGCCUCGCUCGCUGGACGGGCACCAGCGGCAGUUUCGGCGGCCGGUCGACUAGAAAGAAAACCUGCCCGCACUGUCGCAGCGAGAAUUUUCAAAGCAUCUUGAACAAGGAGAAGAUACGGGAGAUUAGCGAGCUCCGCGUUCGCUGCACUCACAGCAAGAAAGGGUGUAAGUGGCAGGGGGAACUGGGGGCACUGAAACAACACACCUAGAAUCUUGCGACUAUGUCAUCGUCUGUUGUCAACUCUCUGGGUUUGUGGUGGUCCACACCGAGCCUCUUUUCCCCAAUGAUCCAUUCUCUCGUGCAUGUUUCGGUCCCCGUUCUGGGACUGGGGGGUGUCGAGCUGCCAGACUGUGGAUUUGAGAGCUACGGCGACAAAAUGUUGGAAACGUGCCAUGCCAAGAUGGAGAGGUGUCAUCUCAGAGAGCACCAGGAGACAGAGUGUGUGUACCGCAUGUACACUUGCGAGAGCACUGCGGCUAUGAAGACACGUAUGAUGCCAUAGCAGGAAGCGGACGUGUGAGGAAGGAAGACUCGGAGGUGAAAGG